AACAACACAAACAACCUAUCCCCGCGUUCCAUUCUAGAAAAGGAAAAAUUGAACGGAACAAACUUUGUUGACUGGAAAUGCAAUCUCUCCAUUGCUCUACACAUGGAUGAGAAAGAGUAUGUGCUCGAAAAGCCCAUUCCUCCUGCCCCUCCCGCUAAUGCCCCGAAAGUGGUUAAAGAUGCUAAUGAGAAACAAGUUAAGGAUGAAAACCAAGUUAGUUGGAACCCAGUCGGUCCAGAUGUUCUCAAAAUGAUUGGUUACAUAACCAAUAUGGAGAAACUCGGGUUCACCUUGCAAAAGGAGCUGGCAACAGACCUGAUCCUACAGUCGCUCUCUAAGCUGUACAAGGGUUUCGUCAUGAACUACAUGGUGCACGAUCUUGACAAACCCCUUUUGGAGCUUCUUAAGAUGCUCCAACCUGCAGAGGAGAAUCUUACUAAGGGCAAGGAUGCUUCCGUCCUUAUGGUCCAAGUCGGAAAGGAGAAACCGAAGAAGGGGAUCAAGAUUAAGGUUGGGACCAUCGGAAAGCCUAAAUCAAAGUCCACUUCAUUUGCAACCCAGAAACCCGUAGGAGGAUUGCAAAGGGCAAAUGUCAUUAUUGUGGUAAGGCAGGCUACUGGAGGAGAAACUGCAAGACAUACCUCACAACCAAGAAGAAGGAAGGUACGACCAUUUCUUCUGAGACGGUAUUCCUUCUAUCACCAUAUCGAUAAGAAGGUACUUGUUGCUCGCAAUGGUGUCUUCCUCGAGAAGGAAUUUUUCUCCGAUGCAACUAGUGGGAGAAAUAUAGAGCUCGAAGAAAUUAGAGACGACAAAGAAACUACCGCACCGGUUCAGGAACAUGAGCUAGAGGAACAAACCAUUAUACCUCAAAAUGCUCAAGAUACACAAGAGCCCCGUAGGUCUAACCGGUUACGCACACAACAUGAAAGGUAUGGAUUGAUCCUAACCUUUGAGGGUGACGUAAUCCUGAUCGACCAGGAUGAGUCGAAGACCUACCUCGAGGCAAUCAGUUGUCCUGAGGCUGAGGAAUGGCGUCAAACCAUGCAGUUCCAUGUACCCAAACCAAAGGAAGUAGAACGCAUGAGAAAUGCUCCUUAUGCGUCGGCCAUUAGAUCCAUCAUGUAUGCGAUGGUAUGUAUGAGACCUGAUGUCGCCUUUGCUCUGAGUGUCACGAGUAGAUACCAGUCCAACCCCGGCGAAAGCCAUUGGAUGUCUAUGAAGAACAUCCUUAAGUACUUUCGUAGGACUAAGGAUGCCUUACUGGUAUAUGGCGGGAAAGAAGAGCUCAGUAUUGUCGGAAUUAUAGGAAUUAAGUCUACUUUCAGGAACAUCUGGAAGAUAUCGUAGAGAAGGUUCGGUGUUGGAAUAUUGAAGUUAAUGAGUUAAUCGUCGGAAUCGUAUAAAUGGACAUAUUCAAAAUUCUGGACUGCAACUUUCCCUUGCCUUCAGGUCCGAUUUACGCUAUCUUACAUCUGUUAACUCGAAAUACUUUCUAUACGAAAGUUAUAGCCUUACAUCUUAGGAAUCCGUAGAAUUAAACGAUUUGCGAUUCCGUGAAGAAACGAUGGAGAUAUGCCCAAAAUACCGCAGGCUGUCCAAUUAUGACGAGAUUGACAAAGUUGGUGAAUUUCGAUGUUGUUUCCACUCUCGUUCAUUCGUAAGGUUUCGACCGAUGAUUUCCAGGUCUGUACCCUUGCGUUAGACUUUUCGAAUCAUAAAUCACAUACAUACAUGAACAUAUAUGUUAUUCCAUAUGUUAAAACCAUUCCAAAAUAUAUAUGUGAUGCAUAUAUAAGUUAUCUAUAUGUUGAGAUCAAAAUACACCAAAUCCAUAAAGUUAAUAUACACAUAAGUAAAUAUAAACUUUGGAAAUCAAU